AUAGUUCCACUUGAUUAUACUAUUAUAUUCUGACAAGUGAUAGAAGAAGAAGAAUAGCUCAAAGAAAAUGGAUACGUUAGCGAACACAAAUUUAGAAAGUAAAACACCUUUGAUAGAGGUUGGUCAUGGUGAAGAAGAAACUAAGAAAAGGUGGUGGCAGAAAGUGUUGGACGUGGAAGAGGCCAAGAAACAAGUCUUGUUUUCCCUACCAAUGAUUCUUACAAACGUUUUCUAUUACUUGAUCACCUUGGUAUCAGUCAUGUUUGCCGGCCACCUUGGUGAGCUUGAGCUUGCUGGAGCCACUCUUGCAAACUCUUGGGCAACUGUCACCGGCUUUGCUUUCAUGGUUGGUUUAAGUGGAGCACUUGAGACACUAUGUGGGCAAGGGUUUGGUGCAAAAUUAUAUAGAAUGUUGGGGAUCUAUCUACAAGCCUCUUGUAUCAUAUCCUUCCUAUUCUCUAUCAUUAUAUCCAUCAUCUGGUUCUAUACAGAGCCAAUACUGAUCUUACUUCAUCAAGAUACUAGCAUCGCAAAGACCGCCUCUCCUUAUAUGAGAUUUCUCAUUCCUGGACUAUUUGCAUAUGGCUUUCUGCAGAACAUCUUGAGAUUUCUUCAGACACAAUCUGUGGUUAUGCCCAUUGUUGUAUUCUCAUUGAUACCAUUGAUUAUUCAUAUAGGCAUUGCAUAUGCUUUAGUGCAUUGGACAGGUCUUGGUUUCACAGGAGCUUCUUUAGCAACUUCAAUUUCAUUUUGGCUGUCAGUCAUUAUAUUGGCCAUGUAUGUAGUCUGCACAAAAAAAUUUAACCACACAUGGGAAGGAUUUUCAUUGGAUUCAUUCCAUUACAUUUUUACCAAUUUAAAACUAGCCCUGCCCUCUGCAGCAAUGGUAUGUUUGGAGUACUGGGCUUUCGAGAUUCUGGUUUUCUUAGCAGGACUAAUGCAAAACUCAGAAAUAACUACAUCUCUGAUUGCAAUGUGUGUGAACACAGAAACUGUUGCCUACAUGAUCACAUAUGGUCUCAGUGCUGCUGCAAGUACGAGGGUGUCAAAUGAGUUGGGAGCAGGCAAUCCAAACCAAGCUAAGAGUGCCAUGGCAGUUUCUAUCAAGCUCUCUGUCCUUCUAGCACUCACAGUUGUUUUGGCUCUUGGCUUUGGUCAUAACAUCUGGGCUGGAUUCUUCAGUAACAGCAAUGAAAUCAUACAAGAAUUUUCUUCAAUGACACCUCUACUUGCAAUUUCAAUAAUUUCUGAUUCUGUUCAAGGUGUCUUAUCAGGGGUGGCCAGAGGAAGUGGUUGGCAGCACUUGGUUGUGUAUGUUAACUUGGCAACUUUCUACUGCAUUGGAGUACCAAUUUCAGGACUCCUUGGUUUUACUUUGAAACUACAGGCUAAGGGUUUGUGGAUUGGCUUAAUCUGCGGUCUAUCCUGCCAAGCUGUCACCCUCUUGUUGGUUACACUGCGAAGAACAUGGGCUAAACUGGAUCUCUCCAAUAACAACACAAAUGGAUAUCCAGUUUUAGUUUAGAAAAAGGUCGUCAAGCAUUGUCAGUGAUUAGCAACACAGGCUACUUGGGUCUGUGACAUAUCUUGGGAGACAUAUAUGCAGUUUAUGCAUGAGAUUUUGCAGCUUCCUUCAAACAUUGCAACUACGGAUUUUUCCAUACACUGGCUCAAAAGAACAAGGUUAAAAGAAGGGUCAAUGUCCUUCAACAUAUUAAUCUGAAACUAGUGUUGUAAAAUACAAGCAUUUAUUUUCUCUUAGUUUGAGAUGUGUUAAAGGA